CGCUUCAAUCAUUAUAUAAAAUCAAUCUAAGUUUGUCCAGCUUGAGAAUCAAAUGCAAGCUUAUAUAUUGCGGAUCUGCCGCCACAGUUUUGCCGAGGUACGAUCGGAGGUAUCCAUUCGUUCGUUCGUUCUUUCAUUCAUACAUCAAGAAUGGACAACUCCUCCAGCGGAGGCGGAGAGAUCGAGACCGUUCAGCCGCCGGUCACGGCUCCGAACCCGACCAGAAGGACGGUGAGGACGAAGGUGCCGGAGAUCGAGAUCCACCUCUACAGGCAGGGCAAGGGACCGAUUGACGUUUUCAAGGAGAGCCUGGGCGGGUGGGAGCAGGACCAGCUCGAGGUCCGGGAUAUCCUCGAGAAGUACGGGUUCAAGUCGGUCUUCGCCUUCGCUCCGGAGUCCGGUCGCGGCGUCCCCAUCCGGUUCAACCCGAGGAACGGCCGUUCCCUGCUCCCCUACAAGGACGGCUCCGUGAUUUACAUCGACGGAGAGCCCAAGGACUCCUUGAUAAAGCCCAUAACCAGGAUCCUGUUUGGAGUGGCAAUGAUAACUCUUCUGAUCACGCUGGUUACAAGAGAGACCCCCGAUUGGAUCCGCAGGUUGAACGUUUUUGGUGCUGGUAAUUUCCCACCAUGGAUCCUCGCGUGCAUGGUCAUUGUCUUCAUGCGCAUGAGGAAGAGAACCAAGGACUUCCUGAAGAAAUAUGGCUUGUGAAGAUACUGGGGAGGCGUACCCAGCUUGGUUUCUGCCCUGUUGCCUGGUUUUUGUACGAGGAAGAGGGAAAAAAAAAUGACAAUUUCCAUAGAAACACUGGUGGGAGAACUAGAAUGAAUACUCUUUUUUGAUCAGUCAGACAAUUUCUGUCGACUUCUCUUCUUGCUUUUCUGGUAAUUCCAGCACAGCAAUUGAUCGUGGUCUCUUCGUCAUUUUGUUUCCCCUGUUUUCUGGUAAAUCUCGUUGUAUUUUUAUCUUUAUUUUUAUUUUCCAUGUAAUGAAGACGUGCCUUCUUUUUUUUUCGGUGGAAGACGUGCCUUUAACUCAAA